AUGCCGCCUGAUGAUGCGGCGGCGGCGGCGGCCAUGCUGCAGCAGAAGUUGUACCGCGGCGUGCGGCAGCGACAGUGGGAGAAGUGGGUGGCUGAAAUUCGGCUGCCAAAGAAUUGGGUGCCUAUCUACCUUGGCACCUACGACUCCCCCCCACCAGAUCGCCGCGCAUGCAGGACAAGGCGAUCACAAGAAAUUCAUGAAUUAGCGUACGACCGAGCCGCCUUCAAGCUCCGCGGUGAGUACGCGUGCCUCAACUUCCCGGGCGCGAUGGACGGGCAAGACUGCCCCAACCACCUACGCCAGCUCCGCGCCGCCGUCGACGCCAAGGUCCAGGCCAUCUGCGCCCGCCUAGCGUCGGGCGGUGGCGGCCAGGCUGGGCGGGGGCCGAACACGGGCGCCAGAGGCUGGACGUCGGGCAGGGGUGGGUACCGACGGGGGUUUGGGGCGGCGCGCCAGCGUGGUCGCCUCGCCUCGACCGAUGGGGGAGGUGGCGGCGAAUGUAGAGGAGGAGAGCAGCUGGGGAGCUAG